UCGUGAUCGUUGCUGAAAUCAUUCAUUCAUCAUGGCCCGUACCAAGCAGACCGCUCGUAAGUCCACCGGAGGAAAAGCUCCUCGCAAGCAGCUGGCGACCAAGGCUGCCCGUAAGAGCGCUCCAGCUACCGGAGGAGUUAAGAAGCCUCAUCGUUAUCGGCCAGGAACUGUUGCCCUGCGUGAGAUCCGUCGUUACCAGAAGUCGACUGAGCUGCUGAUCCGCAAGCUGCCUUUCCAGCGUCUGGUUCGUGAGAUCGCCCAGGACUUCAAGACUGAUCUGCGUUUCCAGAGCUCGGCUGUCAUGGCCCUGCAGGAAGCCAGCGAAGCUUAUCUGGUCGGAUUGUUCGAGGACACCAAUCUGUGCGCCAUUCACGCAAAGCGUGUCACCAUCAUGCCCAAGGACAUCCAGCUGGCUCGCCGUAUUCGUGGAGAACGUGCUUAA